AGCCCCUCUACUAAGGCGCCCCGCCCGCCGCGCGCCGCUCACUGCCCGGAGUCCCGCUGCCCCGACGCUCCCGCCGCGCCUCCGGCCCAGAUUUCAACAGACCAAAAUGCCGUCUCAAAUGGAGCAUGCCAUGGAAACCAUGAUGUUCACAUUUCACAAGUUUGCUGGGGACAAAGGCUACUUGACAAAGGAAGACCUGAGAGUACUCAUGGAAAAGGAAUUCCCUGGAUUUUUGGAAAAUCAGAAAGACCCUCUGGCUGUGGACAAAAUUAUGAAGGACCUGGACCAGUGCCGGGAUGGCAGAGUGGGUUUCCAGAGCUUCUUCUCACUCAUCGCAGGGCUCACUAUCGCCUGCAAUGAUUAUUUUGUUGUUCAUAUGAAGCAGAAGGGAAAGAAGUAGGCAGCAGAUGGCGUGAAGUGACUCCCGCCCCACACGGGAGUCCCCCGAAGGGCCCCCAGGAUCAGCUCCACAGCUUCCCCCAUGGCAGGAUUUUAUGAGCAGACUUGGACCCUUAGAAAAUGUCCCAAUACAAUCCAACCCCCGUUUGGCCAAAAGAGAAAGAAAAAUUACCAGAUAAGCUUUUGAUUUUUGUAUUGCUUCACUCCCUUUACCCUCAAUAAACAAGUUCCUUUUUUAUUUCCUGAUUUGA